AUCAGAGUUUUCUUUAUGCUUCGUUCGUUGUCGUUGCACUUGCAAGGCGAGCCAGAAACUCAGUUACCACUGACAAGGGAGGAAGAUCUGAUAAAGACAGAUGAUGUUCUCGACUUGAAUAACAGUGAUCUGAUUGCUUGUACAGUCAUAACAAAGGAUGGAGGUCAAGUUCAAAGAUUCCUAGCUGUGGAUAUUUACCAGAUGAGUCUGGUUGAGCCAGAUGUUGCCAGACUUGGUUGGGGAGUAGUUAAGUUUGCAGGCCUUUUACAGGAUAUGCAGGUGACAGGAGUAGAAGAUGAUAGUAGAGCUCUGAACAUUAUAAUUCAUAAACCUGCCUCAAGUCCUCAUUCUAAGCCCUUCCCUAUCCUUCAAGCCACGUUUGUCUUUUCUGACCACAUUCGCUGCAUUAUUGCAAAGCAGCGUCUUGCAAAAGGCCGUAUCCAAGCUCGGCGUAUGAAAAUGCAGAGAAUAGCAGCUCUCCUGGAUCUUCCUGUUCAGCCUUCAAAUGAAGUUAUGGGUUUUGGACACAGCUCUGCAGCUGCAUCCCAGCACCUUCCAUUUAGAUUUUAUGAUCAUGCACGACGAGGUAGCAGUGAUCCUACAGUGCAGCGUUCUGUUUUUGCAUCUGUUGACAAAGUUCCAGGUAACGUUAGCAUUAAUUAUCAAGGAAUUUUUGCUAUGUUUCAAGUAGACAAAACAAGAAAUGCACUUUGAAAAUUCUAACUAGAU